GAGGGUCCAGGUCGACAGCUGAGGGGACAGAACAGUUUGUGACAGGACCCUACAUUCCCCCAAAGCACCGACACCGCCUCACACACCCCAGUUCCCUCCGGCUCGGUCUCCUCUUCUUCUGCCUUCUGUUUGUGGCUGAAGACUCGUCCGUCUCCCUCACUGGAUUUCUCUUCUUCUGUGGUGCGUUGGGGACUGAACCAUGGAGUUGUCGGAUAUCUCUUUCCCCAUCCCUGCCGCCGAUGAUUUCUACGACGACCCCUGCUUCAACACCAGCGACAUGCACUUCUUCGAGGACCUGGACCCGCGGCUGGUCCACGUGGGCCUGCUGAAGCCGGACGACUCCUCUUCGUCCUCCCCCUCCCCGUCCUCCUCCUCCUCUUCCUCCUCCCCGUCCUCGCUCCUGCACCUCCACCACCACGCCGAGGUGGAGGACGACGAGCACGUCCGCGCCCCCAGCGGGCACCACCAGGCGGGCCGCUGCCUGCUCUGGGCCUGCAAGGCCUGCAAGCGGAAGACCACCAACGCGGACCGGCGGAAGGCGGCCACGCUGCGGGAGCGCCGGCGGCUCAGCAAGGUCAACGACGCCUUCGAGACCCUGAAGCGCUGCACGACGGCCAACCCCAACCAGCGGCUGCCCAAGGUGGAGAUCCUGCGCAACGCCAUCAGCUACAUCGAGUCCCUGCAGGCGCUGCUGCGCGGCGGGCAGGACGACGGCUUCUACCCGGUGCUGGAGCACUACAGCGGGGACUCGGACGCCUCCAGCCCCCGCUCCAACUGCUCCGACGGCAUGACGGACUUCAGCGGCCCGAGCUGCCAGCCGACCAGAAGAGGAAGCUACGACAGCAGCUCCUAUUUCUCCCAGACCCCAAACGGUGGUCUGAAGAGCGACCGGAGCUCGGUGGUCUCCAGUCUGGACUGUCUCUCCAGCAUCGUGGAGCGGAUCUCCACCGACAACAGCAGCCUGCUGCCGGCCACCGACGGGCCCGGGUCCCCGCCAGCGGACCCGGCCGGUGAGGCAGCGGCCCCCGGCCUCGUCCAGGUCCCCUCUCCGACUGCCAGCCAGGACCCCAACCUGAUCUACCAAGUCCUAUAGACCCCCCCCCCACACACACACACACUCACAGUGGAAGUGAUUGUUUUUACCUUAUUUAGGCUGAACUGAGUCUUCACAACCUGUUUGCAUCAGCUGUAAAGUUUGUAGAGUUUUCUCAACAUCCUUCCACACCUUCUUUUAUUCUUAUUCCCUUUAGCUCCGGGUAUGGAAGCUCAUUCCUGCCGAAAAAAGAAAAAUUCAACAUGAAAGUUUAUUCUUGAAUUCGGAAACUGUAGUUUAUCCCAAAAAAAUUCAGAAGCAAAGGAAAUCUCAAGGCCCUCUCAGGAACCUCUGGCUAGGCAGGGCUUUUCAGCCACAUCUCACAGUCUUCAUCAACAAACAGAGUUUGGUAUUUUAUUAUCACAUUUUAUAGAUUUUAUAUAGUUAUUGAGCAUGCUCUAUGUGCUGAUGAAGAUCACCAGACAUGGUCAAAAGCUCUGGAAGAGGGCCUCAAGUAAGCAGAAACCAUUAUUCCUAAACAGUAAAAUGUGUCUCAAGUCAAAAGCUGAAGAAAAAGGAAUGAGAACAAAAAAAAAAAACCGAACAGCUCCACGUAUCGGUGUCAAUAACUACACGAACACCGUCGAUAACAUCACGAGAGAGAAAGUCGUAAUUGUUCAGUUCUUUAUUUAUUAUGUCAAAUUAUAAGAUAGUGUAUUUUUUCAAAAUAAGAUAAAGUUUGCAACAAUAAAAAAGAAAAGAUGCAUUCAGCAAGUAGCCGGAGUCACAAGUUUGACCUCGUACAUCCAGUCUAGUAUGACUCUAGACUUGGAGCUGGCAGGAAUGAUCUUCCGCCGUUCAGCAUAUUUGACCCCCAGAUUCCCUUCGCCGCUCUUAAUGCAAGUGGACUAGAGUCUAGAUCGAGCCGGCUGAAUGCUGGAAGAUGUUUUCUUUUGCAAACAUUUGUAUGACAGGUUUACCCAUGAGUAGAAACCAGUUCAGCUCUUCCUGUACUUCGGUCAUUUUUAUCUCGUUUUAAGUUAAGAAAACUAUUUUAAAGGCUCAGCUGAGUCGUUCAGACGGAUCUCUUUCUUCCUUUCUGUGUGUCGUCUACUUGAUGAAGGACGGAGGCCAAAAACCAUCCACGUACAUUCCUCCACAUUCGUCCAUCUGAAGUCCUAAAAGCCCCGGCUGUUCAAUUCCCUCGGGAAGAAAAGAACGACAACAAUCCUACGAUAUGGGCUGUGUGUAAAAAUACAAAAACUACAGAUUUCUGUGGUAAAACUUUACUGAUAAAUAACAAAACUACAGAGGAAUUCAUUCCUCAGAUCAGAUUUCCGGGAGUUUAACGGGAGUACCGUAGUGUUUUCUUUUGCCCCACCUUCCUGUCCCGGCCAAAUUCAGUUUGUUUCAUUUGUCGUUUUCAUUUCACUGCAGCGGAGGACCAUUUUUCUGUUUCUGUACAUAUUAUGUAAAUAAGAGCUGAUUUGUUCCAACUGAAAGUAUUAAUUAUGUAUUUAAUGUUUCUGUCUGUAUGUGCUUUUGUUUGUUGUGAAAAAUGUUAAACUUUAUAUUUAUACAUCUGAAAACUGAGUGACAGUCUAAUGACAAAUA